AUGCGCUGGGAAGGGGUUAGGCUGCUGCAGCAUCAGCAGCAACUGCAGCAACAGCAGCAGCAGCAGCAGCAGGUGCAACAGCAGCAGCAGCAGAAGCAGCAGCAGCAGCAGCAGGAGCAACAGGAGCAGCAACAGCAGGAACAGCAGCAGCAGCAUCAGCAGCAGCAGCAGCAGCAGGAGCAACAGCAGCAGCAGCAGGAGCAACAGCAGCACCAGCAGCAGGAGCAGCAGGAGCAGCAGGAGCAACAGCAGCAGCAGCAGCAGCAGCAGCAGCAGCAAAAUGGGGUCCUCAGUCACCGAUGGCUGCUGGAGCUGCCGCCCCAGGCUAAAGACAGUGCAGUGUCUUGCUUGCGGUGGAUUGAGCUGGAGAGAGGUUCUCUGGGGCUUCUUGUCGGUACAUCAAGGUAA